GAUGCGGCUCGGCGCCGCCGCGCUGCCGCGGGAUCGCUCCUUCCGCUGCCUCCCCGCUCGGGACGAGCGCUGGGAAGCGCCGCCGCCGCGGGCCGGGGCCAUGUUGGGCGGCGGGGCCAGGGCGGCCAAGCCGUCCUUCGUGUCCUACAUCAGCCCGGAGGAAAUACACAUAAAGGAACCCAUAGAAAAGGAAGUAAAUCCUCGCUUAUUACCAGGUGAACUGCUGCUUUGUGAAGCCAGCACGGUGUACAAGUAUAUACAAGAAGAUGGGUCAAAUCGUGGCACUUACGGAAAACUUGUGUGCACAAACUUCAAGAUUUCUUUCCUUGAUGAUGAUUCUACUUCAGAUGAUAAUGAGCCACAAUUUAAAAAUAAGAUUGUGGGAGAAAAUGACAUAACUCURCAAUGCGUAGAUCAAAUAUAUGGAGUUUAUGAUGAGAAAAAGAAACUUCUAACAGGACAGCAGAGAAAAUACCCAGARAAGUUAAUUAUCUACUGUAAAGACCUUAGAGUAUUUAAUUUCUGCCUGAGAUACACAAAAGAAGAGGAAGUGAAAAGGAUCGUCAGUGGUAUAGUUCAUCAUAGCCAGACUCCUAAGCUGCUUAAACGUUUGUUUCUGUUCUCUUAUGCAUCAGCUGCUCCGAAUUACACAGAUGGGGGAAACCAAACUGUGAUGUUUGAAACACUCGAGGACUGGCGUGAUGAGUUGGAGCGGACCAAAGGGAACGUGAAAUACAAAGCAGUGGCCAUCAAUGAAGGCUACAGAGUCUCUGAAAAGCUGCCUUUGUAUUUUGUKGUUCCCAUAUGCAUUUCUGAAGAGAGUAUCUUGAAGUAUGAAGGCAGAGGCAUUCCUAUUUGGUGUUGGUCUUGCCAUAACGGUGCUGCUCUUCUCAAAAUGUCUGCAUUUCCCAAAGAACAGGAUGACAGCACUUCACAAAUGCAAAAAGCCUUCUUGGAUGGAAUCUGUAAGACAAUUAGCAAACCUCCCUAUGAGCUMCUGAAGAUGGAUGACUUGUCAAGCAGCCUUCCAUCUCUGCAAGAUAUCCAGACUGCAUACACAAGAUUUAAACAGCUGUUUUUGAUAGAUAACAGUACAGACUUCUGGGCAACUGAUGUGAAGUGGUUUUCAUUAUUGGAGAGCACGAACUGGCUGGAAAUAAUCAGGAGAGUUUUGAAGAAAGCAAUAGAAGUUGUUGAGUGUUUGGAAAUACAGCAUACAAACGUUCUCCUCAUAGAAGAGAGUGCUACWGAUCUGUGCUGUGUAAUCUCGAGUCUGGUUCAAGUGAUGAUGGAUUCAUACAGCAGAACAAAGUCAGGGUUUCAGAGCCUUAUUCAGAAAGAGUGGGUGAUCGGAGGACAUGGCUUUUUGGAUCGCUGUAACCACUUACACAAAACUGAAAAAGAGGAGGCUCCUGUUUUUCUGCUCCUGCUAAACUGUGUUUGGCAGCUGGUACAACAGUAUCCUCCAGCAUUUGAGUUCACAGAAACUUACUUAACUGUCUUGUCAGACAGCCUCUAUGUGCCUAUUUUUAGCACUUUCUUCUUCAACUCUCAGCAUCAAAGAGACACUAAUACGAGUGGUGAAAGCCUCAAGACACAAAGUGGUCCUUUCAGAUUCCUUACUGUGUGGGACUGGUCUGUGCAGUUUGACCCCAAGGCCCAGGCUUUUCUGAACAACCCUCUUUAUGCAGAGAAACCAAAACCAGAUAAAAGUCAACGGAAAACUGCACGAUUCAAACAUCAACGGCAGCUUUCAUUGCCACUGACACAGGCAAAGCCUUCCACGAAGAGAGGAUUUUUUAGGGAGGAAACAGAUCAUUUAAUUAAAAACAUUCUGGGUAAAAGAAUUGGCAAGUUCAUAAAUUCUUCAGAUGAGCCCCCUAAUAGCUUAAGGGAGUUUUAUGAUAGCUGGCAUAGCAAACCUGUCGACUACCAUGGUCUWCUGUUGCCUCGCAUCGAUGGCCCCGAAAUCAAAGUCUGGGCACAGCGUUACCUGCGAUGGAUUCCUGAGGCCCAGCUUCAUGGUGGUGGAACAAUAGCUACAGCUGCCAAGAUUUUGGACUUGAUGGAGGAAGUGCAAAGCUUGCAGGUGAAAAUGGAUGAAGARCACAGUCAGGCUGUUUCUGGAGAUAUGCAUUCUGUUCCCAUGCUGAGGAAUUCUGCCCGUUUGUCAUCCUUGUUUCCGUUUGCUUUACUUCAGAGACAGUCUGUCAAACCAGCUUUACCCACAAGCACCUGGAAAGACUUGGAAGAUGAAGAUGACUUGGUCAAGAGGGAUGAUGAAUUUGUUGAUCUAAGUGGGGAUAUGUUGUAACAUGUAUAUAGAUUACAGUAUGGAUUGUAUGUGGCUAAGCACUGAGUUUYAAAUGUUGUGCUGUGUCUUCAUAUAAGGAACUCGAGCAUCUACAACCUGUUUAAUGGGKUUUUGGGGUUAAAAAACCUUGAUUGGAAAGAACUACUUUCAAUAAUGAACUGAGCAUGUUUUGAACUUCAUUUCACUCCUGCAGUAUUUAUUGCAGAAACAUAUUUCUAGCAUGGGUGUAAUAAAAACAGGGGUCUUGGCUGGAGUAACGAUAUGGCCUCUGUUUAAAAAAGAAAAACAGCAAAAGAAUACUUUCUGCUGUAAAGGUGGAAUGAUAAAUUCAUACAGCAGCAACCAUGCUAUCUUAACAGAGCAUCUCUUUCUUAUGUUAAGAGUGCUGGGAGUGGAGUACUGUGAUUUGCAUUUUUCCCUCCCACGUAAACAGUGAAAGGUGCAACUAAUUGUGCAUCCACAAAUCAGCUUUUGACAGUUGAGGAAUACAYUCAUGGUCACCAGGGGUUUUCUGUCUACUGUUGGACCAACAGAAGUUGUGUGCUUGCCCUGUCCCCUUUGUCAGUGUUGGUCUGUGUGGUGUCAUGGUCACAGGUUGGCUGCUCUGAGCSUGUGCAUGCACUUAGCUCAAGGGUCAGAUGCAAGAGCUUAAUGACACAUUUCAAAUCUUAAUGUGUGGCUGCUGUGCUACAUGCCCUCGCUGCCUUGGAAUAUUAAGUUUGCUCUUAAUUUUAAGAAAUGAGAUUUCAAUUUGCCACGAGUGUUUUUUUUUU